GUCACAGCUGAAAGUUCAUCCGCAAUGAGAUCUCUAUCGAUUUUUUUGCUGAUUGCGGCCGUUUCAACGGCGGGCUGCUUGGCCACGCAGCAGCAAAGGCAGAAAGCGAAGGGUGGUAAUUCUCAAGGUAUCAAGCCACAAGUUGGUCAAGGCAAGAAGAGGCAAAAUUUGGUUCAACAGCAGACCAACAAGGUGGCAAACGGAAAGCUCGGAAAUAACAAAAAAAUUCAAAAUCCGAAGAGGGCCAGUGUGGAAAAUCAAGCAGGAAAAAAUAAUGUAGCACCAGGACGUAGUAUUUUAACCAAUCAAGCGUUGAACUUGAAUAAAGCAGGGGUGAGCAACAAAUUAGCUAAAAGCAGCUCUGGAUUGGCCGCAGGUCGAGCUCUGGCAGGAGUUGCCCUAAUGCCCGCGGUUAUAGGUUCAGAUCAGGUUGAGGAGCAAGGGUUUUCAUCAGGAGGGCAGCCAGAGGUUGACCCCGUGCCGUCGCAGAUGGUCAAACCUGAAGUUACGCACUGCAUGAUGCCAUUUAUGCCAUUUACAGGUGGCAAUUUCAUGCCAAUUAUGGGACUUCCUCAUCUUUUUCCACCCGAUCUCCAAAUGCCUGAUUACUUUCCCCAAGUGAUGCCACCAUUGCCACCAUUUGGUCUCGAUGGGGAUCCAAAUUUUCAAAAUUUAAUACAUGUUUUACCUACACCCGGAAAUGAAAAAGAUAUAACUGUAGGAGGAAAGGAAACUGCGUCUUUUGAUUCCAAUUUUGUUGCGGGUGAUGGCCAAGAAGUUAAGGCAUUAUAA